AUGCUGAUCAUGUUUCCUGUGUUUGGAUUCUCCAUCCCCAUCUCAGCCACGGAGCUGCUCGUGGCCUCCACUGUCUUCUGCCUGGUAUUCUGGGUGGUCAAGGCCUGGCAGCCUCGGGUCCCCAAAGGCCAGAAGAGUCCACCAGGGCCCUGGGGCUGGCCCCUGCUCGGGCACGUGCUGACCCUGGGCAAGAACCCCCACUUGGCCCUGUCCCGGCUGAGCCAGCGCUACGGGGACGUGCUGGAGAUCCGCAUCGGCUGCACGCCUGUGGUGGUGCUCAGCGGUCUGGACACCAUCCGGCAGGCCCUGGUGCGGCAGGGCGAUGAUUUCAAAGGUCGACCUGACCUCUACACCUUCACCCUGAUCACCGAUGGCCAGAGCAUGACCUUCAACCCAGACUCUGGACCCGUGUGGGCCGCCCGCCGGCGCCUGGCCCAGAAUGCCCUCAAGAGUUUCUCCAUCGCCUCCGACCCAGCUUCCUCAUCCUCCUGCUACCUGGAGGAGCACGUGGGCAAGGAGGCCGAAUACCUCAUCAGCAAGUUUCAGGAGCUGAUGGCUGGAGUUGGGCACUUUGACCCCUACAGGUACAUCGUGGUGUCAGUGGCCAAUGUCAUCUGUGCCAUGUGCUUUGGCCGCCGCUACGACCAUGAUGACCAAGAACUGCUUAGCUUAAUCAACUUGAGCAAUGAGUUCGGGGAGAUGGCUGCCUCCGGGAACCCCGCUGACUUUAUCCCCAUCCUGCGUUACCUGCCCCACCCCACCCUGGCUAAAUUCAAGGACCUGAAUAAGAAAUUCUACAACUUUCUGCAGAAGAUAGUCAAGGAACACUACAAAACAUUUGAGAAGGGCCACAUCCGGGACAUCACAGACAGCCUGAUCCAGCACUGCCAGGACAAGAAGCUGGACGAGAACGCCAACAUUCAGCUCUCAGAUGAGAAGAUUGUCAAUGUCGUCAUGGACCUCUUUGGAGCGGGGUUUGACACAGUCACCACUGCCAUCUCCUGGAGCCUCAUGUACCUGAUGACGAACCCCAACGUGCAGACAAGGAUCCAGCAGGAGAUGGACACGGUGAUUGGCAGGGGGCGGCGGCCCCGGCUCUCUGACAAAUCCCAGCUGCCCUACAUGGAGGCCUUCAUCCUGGAGACCUUCAGGCACUCCUCCUUUGUCCCCUUCACCAUCCCCCACAGUACCACAAGAGACACAAAUCUGAAUGGCUUUUACAUCCCCAAGGGGCGCUGUAUCUUCGUGAACCAGUGGCAGAGCAACCACGACGAGAAGCUGUGGGGCGACCCAUCUGAGUUUCGGCCAGAAAGGUUUCUCACCCCCAAUGGCACCAUCAACAAGACCCUGAGUGGGAAGGUGAUUCUCUUUGGCUUGGGCAAGAGGAAGUGCAUCGGUGAGAUCAUUGCCCACUGGGAGGUCUUCCUCUUCCUGGCCAUCCUGCUGCAGCAGCUGGACUUCAGCGUGGUUCCAGGCGUGAACGUGGACCUCACUCCCAUGUACGGGCUGGCCAUGAAGCACGCCCGCUGCGAGCACUUCCAGGUGCAGGUGCGCUCUUAG